AGCGAGGCGGCUGCGGGGUUCUUCAUGGAGGCGGCGCUGGGGCUGGGGCCCACUCGGCACCCGCCCAAACACAAGUCCUCCGCUGCCGCCGCUGCUGACCCCGGUCGCAAGGGCAUCAGCUGCGAGCGCACCUUCCGCAACAUGCGGCAGCCGGGGCUGCAGGAGCGCAUGGCGGAGCAGCUGGUGGAGUCCCUGGCUGCUGACAUGGCGGGUGAGGGGCUGGAGGGCCGCAGCAUCACCCUCAAACUCAAGCUAUCGACAUUCGAGGUUCGCACCCGCGCCGUGACGCUGCCCCGCCACGUGCGUACGGCAUCUGACAUGCUGCCUGCCGUACUGCGGCUGCUGCGGGCGGAGAUGCCGGUGGAGAUCCGGCUGAUGGGGGUGCGCAUGGCGGGGCUGAGGAAGGUUCAGUCGGGUGUGGCCAGUCCGCUGGCGCGCUUGCUGGGGUUGCAGCAGCAGCAGCAGGGGCAGCAGCAGCAGCAGGGGCAGCAGCAGGGGCCGGAGCAAGCAGGAAAGCAGGAGCAGCAACAGCGACAGGCGGUGGAGGUAGUGGAGAUACUUGACGACGAUGAGGAGGAGGAGGAGCAGGAGGAAGAGGGCGGAGCGGUGAUGCGGGGCGAAGGGCAGCAGCAGCGGGAACAGCAGCUGCAGCAAGGACACGUGCCAAAGGGCGAGGUCGAAUGUGGGGACGAAGCGGCUUGGAGGGAGCAGCUGGACUGUUUAAGGGGAGCAGAAGGAGGAGGAGGAGGCUUCGAGGCAGGCACGGACGUUCUGGAUUUGGAAUCCUUCCUUGACGAGGGAUUGCACGAGCAGCAGCAGCUAGAGAAGGACGGAGACGGCGACAGCGACGGCAACUGUGCGGGUGCUGGCGAGGACUGCUUAAUGUACGGCACGGGGGGACGAGAGGAGGAGCAGGAGCAGGAGGAGGAAGACGUAGAGGUGGAAGAGGUGGUGCAAAGGGCAGAUGGCGAGGUGGUCAGGAGGAUUGGGGAGCAGGAGGAGGAACGCGCUGUUGUUGCCCCUCCUCUAGAGCCGCAUCACCCAGUGAGAAUAACAAUGGAGGCUACCCACGACCACCAGCACCACCCCCACCAGCAGCAGCAGCAGCAGCAGCAGCCACUGCCGCCCUGCAAGCGGCAGCGCUCGGAGGCAGCAGCCACAACAGCAACAGCUGCAACAGCAGCAACAGCUGCAACAACAGCGACAGCGGCACCGGCGUCCUUACCUGGCGCAGCAGCAGUGCAUGCUGCCGCUGCACAGCCGACUGCUGCUGCAGCGGCGGCGGCGACAGUGGCCUCCGCACAUUUCCCUACCACCACCACCACCACCACCAGCACCCGCUGUGGAGGCGGACCCGCGGCGGGCGGCAAUGCCCGGGACUGUAACACGAACAACAAAAACAGCAGCAGCAGCAGCAGUGGUGGUGGUGGUGCUGGUGGGGCUGGCGGCGGUCCCUCCGCCCCCUCAAGCCUAUCACACGGUCAGUCAGCUGUUCCCCCCGCCCCCGCCCCCGCCCCAUCCGGCUCCUGCUGGACUUGUCGUGUGUGCACCUUCGCAAGCAACCGGCGGCAGCUGCUGCGGUGCGAGGUGUGUGACUGCCUGCGGGGAAGCACACAACCCCCACCAGCUGUAGCAGCAGCAGCAGCAGCGCCACUACAGCGGCCGCCAUCGGCACUGCCGCUGCCCGCCAAGACGACGAUGACAACCCAACAGCACCACCAGCAGCAGCAGCACAGGAAGCAACAGCAGCAGCAGCACCACCACCACCACCACCACCAGCCACAACACCGUGUUUCUAAACCGCUGGAUCGGUUGUGGGCCGCUGCCGCCGCCGCUGCCGCUGCUGCCUCAUCUGCCGCAGGGGCAGUUGGCGGGUCCUCAACCAGCACCGGGGCUGAGGCCGCCGCGGCGCCACCACGACACCAGCCGCAGCGGCAACAGCCUCCCAGGCCACCCCAACCAAAGCCCCCUCAUGCGCAGCCUCAGCAGCCCCCUCCUCCUCCUCCUCCUCCUUCUUUUCUUCAUCAUCAUCAUCAUCCUCUUCACCAGCAGCAGCAGCAGCAGCAGCAGCAGCAGCAGUGCCCACCCCUGUGCCCGCAGUGCGGCUGCGCGGUGGCGGCUGGCGGGUGGCGGGAGCACCAGGAC